UCCAGUGCCUCGGGUUCGGUCCUCGCGUCGAGCGUGUCUCCCCAGCGCAUGAGCCUCCUCUGUUGCUCCUUGCUCGGUCAGUCAGUAAACAUGGCGGAUUCGCGGAUAAAUAAACCGUCGCUGUGAUAAAGUGAAGUGAAAAUCGUAACAUGUGUUUUAAAAUGGGUUGAAGUGGUGCAUUACUCGCGCGUGUAAAUAUUUCGGACUCCAUGUUUUGUGUUUUGUGAUUCCGAUUGGAUUUUACGGUAGUGCAGUGUUCAAAAUGAGUGAUAAAAUCAACGUAGCUGUCCGUGUGAGGCCCUUCAAUCGAAGAGAAUUGGAAUUGGGCACAGAAUGUGUGGUGGAAAUGGAUGGGCAGCAAACGCUGCUUCACCAUCCUCCAUCAAACGACGAAAAGGCAGUAAAGAAAGCGGUGAAAACGUUCGCUUUCGACCACUGCUUCUUCUCGCUGGACGAUGGGAGCCCGCAGUUCGCCUCGCAGGAGAUGGUGUUCAACCGCGUGGGCAGGGACAUCCUGGACAACGCAUUCCAAGGCUACAACGCCUGCAUCUUUGCCUACGGCCAAACAGGUUCCGGGAAGUCCUACACAAUGAUGGGCAGCCAGGACAACAAGGGUAUCAUUCCAAGGCUUUGCGACGCUUUGUUCGAGCGGAUAGCACAGCAGCAAAGCUCAGAGCUUUCCUAUAAAGUAGAAGUUAGUUAUAUGGAAAUUUAUAAUGAAAAAGUUCAUGACUUGUUAGAUCCUAAAACCAAUAAACAAUCCCUCAAAGUCCGAGAACACAAUGUCCUUGGUCCUUAUGUUGAUGGGCUGUCACAGUUAGCUGUAACCUCAUACCAAGAUAUAGAUAAUUUAAUGGCAGAAGGAAACAAAUCAAGAACGGUAGCCGCAACUAACAUGAAUAGUGAAUCGUCGAGGAGUCAUGCUGUGUUUUCAGUUGUGUUAACACAGACGUUAACUGAUGAGAAGUCAGGGGUCAGUGGUGAAAAAGUUGCGAGGAUAUCCCUCGUUGAUCUUGCUGGCAGUGAAAGAGCCGUCAAAACUGGUGCUGUGGGUGAUAGACUGAAAGAAGGGUCCAAUAUAAACAAGUCAUUAACUACUUUAGGACUAGUUAUAUCAAAAUUAGCUGAUCAGUCAAUAAAUAGCAAAAGUGACAAAUUCGUUCCAUACAGAGAUUCAGUUUUAACAUGGUUAUUAAAGGAUAAUCUGGGUGGAAACAGUAGGACUGUCAUGGUAGCAACAAUUUCUCCUGCCGCUGACAAUUAUGAAGAAACAUUAUCCACUUUGCGGUACGCAGACAGAGCAAAACGAAUUGUGAACCAUGCUGUAGUCAACGAAGACCCCAAUGCUAGAAUAAUUCGUGAGCUUAGACAAGAAGUUGAAGCACUGAAAGAAAUGUUAAUGGUAGCUACUGGUACAACGCAAGUACCAGAAUUAGGAUCUCAUGCUUUUAUGCAUCGUGAAGAUUUGCAUGAAAAGCUUAGUGAAAGUGAAAAACUGAUGAAAGAAAUGUCGCAGACGUGGGAAGAAAAAUUAAUCAAAACAGAACGACUGCAGCAUGAAAGACAGGAGGCUUUAGAAAAUAUGGGCAUCAGUGUCCAAGCAUCGGGCAUUUCUGUCGAGAAAAAUAAGUACUAUUUAGUCAACUUGAAUGCUGACCCAUCGCUCAAUGAAUUACUUGUGUACUACCUGAAAGAUAAGACUCUCAUAGGAUCUCAUCAAUGUGAUAUUCAACUGUCGGGGUUAGGAAUUCAGCCUGAACACUGUGAAAUAGUCGUCGAAGGUGGUAAUCUUUUCUUGGAACCUCGACCGGGAGCCAGAUGUUGUGUUAAUGGCGUACCUGUCAGUGAAAGAACCCCUCUUCAACACGGAGAUCGUAUUCUGUGGGGCAAUCAUCACUUUUUCCGACUCAACUGUCCAAAAGCCUCCUCAACAGCAGCAUCUGAGCCGCAAACACCAGCUCAAACCAUAGACUAUAACUUCGCCCGCGAGGAACUUAUGCUGAAUGAACUUAGCAACGACCCAAUUCAAACUGCCAUAGCUAGGAUUGAACGGCAACAUGAAGAAGAUAAACAAGUGGCUUUAGAAAAACAAAGGCAAGAAUAUGAAAGGCAAUUUCAGCAUUUACGCAAUAUCUUAUCGCCAUCAACUCCUUACUCUCCGUAUGUGCCCUUCGAUCCAUUUAGGUUCAACAAAAUGACUCCUUGCACACCCACAACGCAACUAAAAGUAGAAAAAUGGGCGAAAGACAGGGAUGAAAACUUUCGCAGAAGUCUUAGUCAAUUAAAGCGUGAUAUUGUUAAGGCCAAUACUUUCGUUCAGGAGGCAAACUUUCUGGCCGAGGAACUAAAUAAACAAAUAAAGUAUAGUGUAACGCUCCAGAUCCCACCAGAAAAUCUCAGUCCUAACAGGAGGAGAGGAGCAUUCGUAAGUGAACCAGCAAUUCUAGUGAAACGGAAAGGCCUGCCAAAUCAAGUCUGGUCAAUGGAAAAAUUAGAAAACAAGCUAAUCGACAUGCGAGAAAUGUACGACGAGCAAGAAGAAAAGGCUGUUAAUCCUUCUGAAGAGGAGAGCCAACUAGAUCGAGUAGACGAUCCAUUUUUCGAGACGCAAGAAAAUCACAGCUUGAUAGGAGUCGCCAAUAUAUUUUUAGAAGCCUUGUUCCAUGAUGUCAGUUUAGAUUAUCACACUCCUGUAAUUAGUCAGCAGGGUGAGGUGGCUGGAAGACUACAGGUUGAGAUUAGUAGAAUUAGUGGAACGUUUCCGCAAGAUCGAUUAUGUGAGGCAGCCUCUGAAAGUUCAGGCGACAGUGGCCACGAUGAAGAGGAACCUCCUAGCACACAUAUUACUGUCAGAGUGCACAUUAAACAAGCGUCAGGUCUACCUUUGGCAUUGUCGAAUUUCGUGUUUUGUCAGUACUCGUUUUGGGGCUACCCAGAUGCAACGUCCGUUCCUGCCACAGCGAAUCCUGAUACAACGAACACUGGAGAUGGAAAAAAUUCUAUCAUUUUUCAGUUUGACCAUGUUCAGGACUUUGUCAUCCCUUUGACUGAAGAGUUCAUGGAGCAUUGCACAGAGGGAGCUUUAUCGAUAGAAGUCUGGGGUCAUCCUAGUGCAGGGUUCACCAAAACUAAACCUGGCUGGGAAGUAGAGCAACAGCAAAUGGCUAAAGCCAGAUCUCUUGUUGACAGGUGGAAUGAGCUGAAGAGGAAAGUAGAAUUGUGGGUGGAAGUCCAGGAAUUGAACGAUGCUGGCGAGUAUUCUGCAGUAGAAGUCACGCAACGUCCAGAUAUUCUGACAGGCGGUACUUACCAAUUGCGGCAAGGACAGCAGAGACGUAUCCUUGUGACUGUGAAACCAGUUGCUCACUCAGGAACCUUACCUCUCAUCGUACAUUCCAUCGUUAAUAUUGCUGUUGGAAGUGUCACCGUCAGGAGCCGGCUUCAAAAACCAUUAGACUCUUAUCAGGAGGAAGAUUUAGCCAUAUUGAGAGAAAAGUGGAGCGACGCCCUCAUGCGGAGGAAACAGUACUUAGAUCAGCAUAUUCAAAGGCUCAUAAAUAAAGCAGAUAAAACUGAAGAAGAUGUCGAGCGUGAGCAAAGCCUGGUCGAUCAAUGGGUGAGCCUCACAGAAGAACGAAACGCAGUCUUAGUCCCCGCGCCUGGCUCAGGAAUUCCCGGUGCCCCUGCCGAUUGGGACUCGCCUCCGGGCAUGGAACCGCACAUUCCAGUUCUCUUCCUUGAUCUCAAUCCCGACGACUUGUCAGCAAGUGGCCGGGACUCGGAAGAGAUCCCUGUGGCCGGCCUCCACUCGAUCUUACCCAAAGAACAUGGAAACAAGUUUUACUCAUUACCUUUAGUACGCCGCUGCUUAACAGACGUAAGCGCAGUGGGGACAUGGGACUCCUCAGUACAUGACAACAUACAUCUAAAUAAAAUCACGGACAGCAAUGAAAGAGUAUAUCUAAUUCUGAAAACAACGGUUCGGCUGUCUCAUCCAGCGUCCAUGGAUCUUGUUCUUCGAAAACGACUGAGUUUGAACAUAUUCAAGAAGCAAAGUCUGACGGAAAGAAUACGGAAACGAAUAACGAGAUCAGACUGGCUGUUGUCGACCGGAGUGACGUAUGAGGUUGUCUCGAAUGUUCCUAAGGCUAGUGAAGAACUCGAAGACCGAGAAUCGUUAGCUCAGAUUGCUGCGUCUGGUGAAACCACUUCUUCUAGUGACGGCGAAAGUUAUAUAGAAAAAUACACGCGGGGUGUCAGUGCUGUUGAAAGUAUCCUAAUGUUAGAUCGACUACGUCAAAGUGUCGCAGUCAGAGAAUUACUGCAAAGCCAACCUGCUGUCGAUACUCCAGUCAUGCGUAAGACUGCCAGUGUUCCUAAUUUCUCACAGAUGAUGAGGUUUGACAGUGGUUUGGAUGGUCUCGGUUCCUGCAAUGGGUUCGUCACGCGCUCCGAAAGUAUGGCAGACUUCAACGCUGACAUUAGAGAUUUCCGGUCCCGCAAAAGUUUACCAGAAACUGAUCUCACACAACAAAAACAAUUUGGCAUUGGUUCUAUUUUGUCAGCUCGACCAACGUUUUUGAAUUUGAACAUAAAUUUGAACUCCUUGAGACUCCAGCCUGGCUCCAAAUCCUCACCAAAUGCCAAAUUAGGAUUGAGGAUGACAACUUUGCACGAGGAACAGUCAUGUGCUCCAAACGAUGAUGAAGACGGAGAGGAAAGAUUCGUCGAACCCGUCAUCACGAGUUCCCGGAUGCGGAGAUCCAAGUCAAAUCUAUUACACAGUCGACACUAUGAGUCUGAUUUUGAUACUCAUGAGACUGGAAUGAAGGAUAGAACAGCAAGAACGCUGCCAAAUUCUCGGACCCUUGAUUCUCUCGCCGAAUUCCAGGGUGCAAAAAUGACGCCAAGCACAACAUCCAGCGGGUACGGAUCAGAAGCCGUCUCAUCAUCCAAUCUUACAAACGAGGAUGCAUCAUCAAUACGAAGCAUCAAUGCUGAUUACACACCCGAUUUCGACUGUGCAACUCAAUCCAUAGACAAAGCCAUAACUGAGCUUUCCAUCUCAAAGCCAAGGGAGGAGAAUGCCUCAGAGUCGCUGAGAACGAGCGAGACACAAGAAAUGAAAAUGGAAGAGAGGAGUAGUGGAUCCUCCAGCGGAGAACAUCAUCAUUCAGCCGAUGAUGACACUCUAACUCCGUCCUCGGAUAAGGUGGUCCGUCGGAAAAAAUCUAGUACAAGAAGUCAGCAGUCAAGAGCAUCUUUUCCACAAGCCAAAGGGCAAACCUCCGAAGAGAAACCACGAUUAAAAUUGGAUCAGCAGUUGAACAGCUCCUCUGAAUCGACCGAUGAAAGGAAUACUACAGAAGAUGACAUGCAAACCAGUUUUGAGGAUGUGAUACCUGAUUGGGUGGCAGUAGGCGAAAGGGUCUUGAUUCGUCCAUACGGCUCAAGUGGAGUCAUAGGGUUCGUUGGAACCACUCAGUUUGCAGUUGGCAUUUGGAUUGGUGUCGAAUUAGAUGCCCCCACUGGCAAAAAUGAUGGAACCGUUCAAGGUGUGAAAUACUUUGAUGCGAGACCCAAACAUGGAAUUUUCGUUCGCGUCGACAAACUUAUUCAAGAUCGCCGGGGAGCGCGCGCAAUGAAAUCAAACACAUUGCCCCGCGCUCCGAGCAAAGGGGAAGGUCUCAACAAAAUGGGCCGGAAUGAUGGUAAUCAAAACAAGACUGCGACUCUUAAAUCGGGACUCAAAUAACAUUCGGCUCCCUCGGCGUACCGCCACAGGAAAUCUCGAUGGUGAUCUUUGUUCUUAGCCAUUGUUCUGAAAGUAGCCUCACCGUUUUUGUUCCCGUUUCUUGGUUUGUUCAGCAUUCUAAGGCAUGAACCACUGUCAAUAAGCUUAAGGUACUCUGGUGCACAAUUACCUUUUCCUUUUGAAACAUUGCUUGGACCCACAUGUGGCCAAGGACUUAUUUCCUAUGCGCAAGGACUCUUACGCACUAUGCUGCACUUCAGCGCAAUUUUUUCAAGGUUUUAAGAAUUCCUCUUUUCAGAUAUUCUGCAUAAUAGUGUUACCUGCAGUCAGAAGUGAGGUUAGAUAUAUUAGUAAUAUCAGUGAAUUGAUGUUCAUUCAUUAGGGAAAAUAAUUUGUAUUUUUUGUAUGGGGUGUGACAUCUGAAACAUUUUUACUUCUAAGUAGCUUCGUCACGUCGAGGCAAUUUUUCAGUCAUACUAGCAUUGACGACCAGUUUCAUGGUCCUAGAGUUGUACGUUUUAUCAAUAAUCGGUUUAAGUUCAGAAUGGGAGAGCUCUAACAAGUCUCUCAGAAAGUUACGGAAAAUCCAGUAAGACAUUCAAGGUCAUGAGUAUAAUGAAUUCUCUAUCCUUGUCCAACUUGAAUUUUAGUAAGCUUUGCACCAAAAAGCCCGCAGUUUUAUAGUUUUUUUAAUCAUCAAUGUGAAAUAACUAUGAUUUACAAGUUCAGAUUAUGCUUUAUAUGUAAGCAGUUUACAUUCGAAGCAAUUUUAGUGAAGUAAAUUUCUAGGUCAUUCACGUUUUAGAACAUUCCCUCUUUUUUUGUCUGUGUAUAUUACUUAUUUUAAUAAAAUGAUUUCAUGCUUUUGAUGUCUAAAAAAUGGGAAAGCUGACCUUAUCCUCUUUAUUUUUAAUUUUGCCCUGCAAUUUAUGUCAAAAAGAAGAGGUUUAAUUAUGAUGCCUUUUCUUUGCAAUUUUUCACAAGACUGAUUGUGAACCAUUGAAUGUAUUAGCCAUUUUUUUUGUGGAACUAAUUAAUCUGAACGUACACCUUUCACAAUGCUGAUCAUACGGAAGUCUGCUUGUCAAUUGCAUUCAUUUCCAUCAGUCCCAGUUAUUGUAAGCUAUUUGGAAAUUUACAUUCUGAAAUCAAAGCUCCACAAAAGAUGCGAUGAAAAUGAAAUCCUCAAUUAGUCCUUUCACAAAUCAAUGAAAUUUAUUCAAUCGGUCAUUCAUUCCAUAGUCCGUCUCUUGAAACUGAACUGUUUUAUAAUAUGCCUUUUAGUCGACCACUGACCACAAAUUUUUGCAUGAAUUUUACCCUAUCUUGCUCGCAGGAAGUCCGUCAUGUCCUGUUCAUUAGAAAAUGUCCCCUCUAUUCAUCAUAUUUUAGGGUUUGCUUUGCUUCCUGAUUCACAUCACAAUUCAUACUUUUUUGUGUACAUCUGUUGCAAAUGGUGGAAUACUUUCUGAAAUUGAUCACUUUGUCAAUCAAAUUCAAGUCCUUUACUCAACGUGUGGUGAAAGUCACUAAAGUAAUGAUGAAAGAUUGUUGCCUUGUAAGUAAGGUGUCCGUUCUGUAAUUUUAUUUUUGAAUGAACUCUCAAACUUAUCCUGGAUACAUCUGUUUUGUUCCAUCAUCUACCUUGAACUUUUGACAUCUCGUUGUAAUUUUGCUGUCCGUACACGUAGGAAAUGUUGAUGCUAAAAUUACCCUUCUGAUUGAUGGUUAUCAGUGGUUUUGCAAUCCUUGAAAAUUACCGAAAUAAAAACCUUACUGGCUCAUUCAAAUUUUUGAAUUUCAAAGUCAUAGUAAAUACAUAGUCACUUAGUUCAUCAUUUUAGACGUUCACUUUUUACGCAAGUAACAUUAAGAUACAUUCCUGCUCUCUGGAACUCACCUUUGCACUCUGAAGUUUAGAACUUAACCACAACAUUUCUUUGUUUAUCUUAACGGUUCACCAUUGUUAUUCAUGUUUCUCAAGUAUCACUUGCCGAAUAAGGUUUGCGGACAGUUCUGGCAAAUUAUUCUACAAACUAGAAUUCCUAUUUGUAUAUAGAAUGUAUUUUGAUCAACAGAUCUUCUUACACUAUUUGUACAAAAAUGAUCUAAUGAGUAAAGCAGCUGUAGAAUGCUUUAAUUUUUCUCAAGAAAGAAUAUUUUCCGCUCCAAAAUUUACAUUCUCCAAUUAUCUUAGAACUACGGUGCUCCAAUCCAUUCCCAGAAAAUCAAUUCUUGGUGCAGGCUUUUUUCAUUCUAAAAUGCAGAACUGAAUAUGGAAACGUCCUUUUGUAAUGAAAACGCUCAUUCUGUUAAUUUUAGUAUUUGUUUCAGUUUCCCCAACUUUCAUUCCUUAGACAUGAAAAAGUCAAUGACUGAUUCAGAGGAUUUUUUUUUGGAAAAUAUUCUUUUUACUGAUGUAGUCGGUUGUUGUAACCAGAAAAUGAGUGUUGCGUGAAUUUUUUUAAUGAAGGUGUAGAUAGUGCAAAUCUUGUAAGGAUAGUAUGUGUUAAAGCUGCCAUUCUGAAUCAAGGAAAUUAGGUUUGUCAUCGGAGGAAAAAUACUGUGCUCAAAGCUGUUCGAUAGAACUGUGCUUGAAGACAGGUGUUAAACCAGUGGCUUAACACAUUCACUGCCAAUGUAUUUUUUGUAAAAUUCUUUCUUUCAGAUCAGAAAAACAUGUAAAUAAAUGGUGGAAUUGGAACGCUGCAAACAAUAGCUUCCGCCGAUUGCUGGGACAUGAGCGCUUAAUAUUGGUUACAUACCCCCCAUCGGUGGUUUGCCUCUGUAUAAUGCGUACCUUGGGAGGUCUGUAGAUAGCCCCUUUAGUAGUCCACUAAAAACGCUCUUUUCAGAACGCCUGUCAUUAUGACCAAUUUGGCAGUGAAUGCGUUAAUCUCUGAGGAAAGAUUCUCUUUUGAAAAGAAGACAACGAUUCUGAAAUCCUUUUCUGCAUCUCAUCCAGAAAAACCUGACUUCAAAAUGACAACCUUCCUGAGUCUGAACUAAUUCUUCUUCAUUUCUCCAAAUUGUAAAUUGGCAUCCUUGAAAUAUCCUUGAGGGGUGGAAGAAAGCGAUGUCUGUCUUGUAAACAACAUUCUGAUGAUGAAUCACGAUCUUUGUUCAAGGAUGUUUCGUAAUUAACUUGUCGCUCGAACUGAAAUACCUUGUGAAGACAGGCGCACAUAGAUGAUCAAAACAAUUGGAAAUCUGAAACAGAACGGAACCUUUCUUGUGACGGUUGCUUUUCUUUCACCCUCAUCGUCAGCUUUAAUCGUAUUUUAUUCAUCAUGGUGCUUAUGUUUUGCAGAUAGCAAUUACUGUCCAUUUCUGUGUUUAAAAUAAUUUGCUUGUAAUUUUACCUGAACAUCAGCUAACCGUCUUUUGUACAUUAAUAAUUCUCCGCAAUGUCGAAUGUGAGGUUGAGCAUGAGCUAGGCUGUAAUUCUAAUAAGGAGUUUCGUGUAUAAAUUAUCUGAUUCAUUCACUUUUUAAUUUGCGUCACAUAAGGUUGUUUCAAAUUUUGUUUUUUUUGACUGGAGCUUGUACAAAUUUUCAGAAUUGUUGUUAAGUUUUUUUUUUUUCUCUCUAUUUCUCUCUCUCUCUUUCUUUCUCUAGUCUAUCUCAUGUGUUGCAUUUAGAAGUCGGAUUUCUCUAGUUUAGAAUUGCGACUCAAUUUUUGAUUCCAGCCGGUAACUUUCAAACCUCAGAUCUGUUGAAGUUAAACUUGUGGUGGUAGAUUAGAGCCAUUUUUUUUUUUAAAAAUAUAUUUUAUAAACUUUCAACUUUCCCUCUCUUUUCCUUCAAUUUCAAAGUUAAUGAGUUUUUUUUCUUCCAUGUCCCCAUCUUUAUGUCAUUUUAUGUACCUUCUUCCAUGUCAGAACGAAACACCCGCUUUUUUUUAUUUCAUUCGUUUCUUACCUUUAUAUCAAGAGAAAAAACCGUCCAAUUCAUUCUGCAUAUUACUAACUGUUCCAAAAAGCAUGUAAUAUUUAGUUUUUAAAAUUUAUCUCUCCUUUUUUGGAUUCUAAAAUUUGAAUUUUUGUUUUCAAUUCCCAACAAUUGAUUCAAUUAAAAAAAAUGUAAAUCAGCCUCAGUAUGCAGGGUUGCCUCUGUCAGCGAAUACCAAGAAAAGUCAGAGAAUUGUACCAAGUCAGGGAAAAUUGUUGACUCACCUUUAUACAUAUGUCUUUUGGAAUGGGUUCCACGUUUCAAAAAUAAGAUUUUGAGUAAAAACUAUUUCAAAUUAUGUCUUUUUAACCAUCUGGCAUAUCUUCAAUUGGCAGGGAAUUGUACCAAAAUAUGACUGAGGAAUCAGGGAUUUGCAUUUUCUUAAGUCAGUGGCAACCCUGGGUAUGACUUCAGUCGCAAUCUUUGCAUUAUAUGUCCCUCCUUUAAUCUGUAAGUCAUCUCUCAAUUAUGCCUUUCAGCAUUUCGCUCGCACAUUUCUGCUUUCAUUGCUUACUUUGUUUUAGUUUUCAAUCCUUAUCAGAUUCAUCUUUAAGGGACACAUUUUACAUGGGUUUGUGCAAUUUUGACUUUGAGAUCCCUGCUAUUAACCGCAAUAACCAUUUGUUUUUCAUUAUUAAACGGGUUUUUUUUUUGUUUUUUUGUUUUAUUUUUUAUUAUCACCUAUUAUCGAAGACGGUAACUACAAGCAAUAAGUUGAAAGCUCCCAAUGAUAUUCCGUUAGGUUUACACUUUUCUGAAUUUUUUAUUUUGUCUUCGUUCCUUGAGUCUCAAGGCUGAAUUUUUAGUCAUUCCUUUAAUUUUAAGGUUUCUCUGAGCUGAAAGCAAUCAUUGCUUAAGAGAGCCGUUGAUUCAAAAGAGCGACCGUAAAUAUGACCCUAAGUGAAAUAUUUGAUUCUAUAAUACGUGACAGCAUUUGAGUGAAGCAAUACAUUUGCAAACAAUAUGGCGCAUCAAUACAAAUUUGGUAAUCUUGCAAUCGUAAUUUAACAAUAAUUAUUAAUUAUCCUUUGAAUCCUAGAUUGUGUUUUAAAUUGUAACUUGCGAGUCCCAGAAGCAUAAAUGUGAGCUGCAUCUCUCUUAGUUUUUUCUUUUCCCCUUGCUUAUCCACAUUUUUGUGUGCCAUCAAAGUUCAAGUAAUUCCCCUCUUUUUCUGCUCAUCAAGGAAUUUCACCAAGUCCCAAUCCCAGCAUUCUCUCUAAGAACAAUUUCUUAUUCUUCAUGUCCAUUCUACCAUUUCGAUGGCCGUAGGCAUACAAAAUGGAUAUUCUUUCAAAGGAAAUAUCAAUAAAUAGUAUCGCAUUAGUAGUUAUCGUGAAGCUAAUCCUGAUCACUGACUUAAUUUCUCGCAUUUUAAUUUUUAUCAUGUAUCUGACUCAGCUGUUUAACUUGAUUCUCAGCACCAAAACUGAAAUAAAGCACUCAAGUCUCAUUCGUGCUCAGAUCUUGUUCGUAGUGUAACUCGUAGAUUGGAAGUGCAUACUAAUAUUAUCUAAAAGCGUCAGCUGCCUGCCAUAAUCAAGUUUAGCACAUCAUUUUUUAUUUUCAUAACUUUGAUUUUCACCAGCCUCCUAGUGCGUGGUAUUGUGGAAUUAUUCAUUUUUGAUUAAUUUUUAUUUUAUUCUUGUGGUGUAAUUAAAAGGAAUUUAGUGCAAUGUAGUUAGCUUGUGAUAACUUGAAUUCUGUCUAAAUGGUGCCUCUACGCAAUAUCUGAAGUUUUGCCCUUAUGUAUUCUGGUGCAAGGAACUGAAAAUUAAUUUUCUGAUCAAUUCUUUGAAGCAUUUGCAUUUUUUAAAAGUGAAAGUAUGCAUGAGUCUUCCCUCUGAAUUUACCCUCUUAUCACCACAAACACAGCAUUUGUGUUCUGCAAAAUUGCACUCCUCUCGCAGCAUUUCGGCUAUUACAUGAGAACCUCUAGUCGAAAGUAUUCUAAAGUGUAUUUCUAUCUAUCAAAGGGGAUCUUUAGUGUGACUUCUGCCACUGUUUGAUAGAGUGGCUCUGAUUGUUAUGCAUAACAUUCAGUCGUGAGGUAUUGUUUUGCAGAACCUAGCCCGGUUAUGCAAGGGUUAUUCUCCUCUCACUCCUAUAAUUCCUUUUCAACACAGUUUUUUUUUUUUUUUUUUUUUUGUGUAGGAGUGACAAACACUAAUUGAUUUAUUGUUCAAAAGUCAAACUGUUUUUUUUUGGUAAUUUGUUUCUAAACUUAGAACUUUUAUCAUCUCUAAACUUUCUUUUGGUAAUCUUUUAUUUUCAAGACUUAAGAAAUAAUUCUGGGGCAAAAAUUCAUUUUAUCAAUGUUGUGAAAUUAUUGCCCAUAAUUUUAUUUAUUAUUUCAUAUUAUUUAGUAUUUCAAAUUUUUUAUUCGAGUUCUGAAAAGACUUUGAACGGAUUUUUUACUUAUAAUCAAAGCUCCAAACUUUUAAAUAAUCAAGUUUUUCCUUCCAUAACACUUGUGCAAUCUCAGUUAGCCAAAACUGAACCGAUAAAACUUGCUUAGAGGCACCGUCAUUUGUUCCAUAAUUUUAGGAUUUUUUUUUUUUUUUACUUUUGCGAUUUCUUAAUACAAUCAUUUUGAUUUCUUUUGCUGAGGCUGCUACUAUGUACAUAUCAAGAACUAUCCUUUGUAUCUGCAGGAUGUACAGUUGAAUCACUUUUUCCCAGAUGAAAAUAAGUUUGAAGCCUUCCAUCUCCCACUUUCAUCAGCAUUCCCUCCGUAAUGUGGAGAAAGAACAUUAGGAGUACUUCUUUGCUGUUUCAUAGAGUGGCAAAAAGUCUGGUAAAGUUUUUAUAACAUUAUCCAAAUUAUCCUGCAUUGGGAUCUUUUGAUUAGGCAGAGAAGAAAUUUAAUGUGUAAAUUUUUACUCUGCUUUGUGCAUCAGUGCAAGGAAUUAUCUGGAGAGAAUUAUAAAAAAUUGUUGAACGAAUUGAAUUUAGCCCUCUGUCUUUGCUUUUUUUCUUUUUUUUUUCUUUAAUCAGCUUUUUCACCGUUAGUCCCCAUUUUGUUUCGUGACACUGAUUUGUAAGGCUCUUAAAAUCUUAAAAGUUUGAGGGGUUCUGAUUACUUCAUGAUCAGAUAAAAGUUGGAACAGCUUUAGUUUUCAUGAAUUAUAGUUUUGACUCAAAUUACAACUCCCUGACCGAGAGACGAACCAUCAUUUUGUACCAGCAAAUCUUUCUUGCCAAUCGUUCCUGUUGAUUUUUUAUCUCGCCAAUAUCAUUCGGAAUAUGAUUUGUGUGGCUUGCGCAUUUUUAUUUUACUGCGAUUUUGAUUUAUUUUAGUUUAUAUUUUUAUCUUACAUCAUUGUUUUACCAUUUCUUUGACUGGUCGGCUGUUAUUUACUGAUAAGUUUCUUUGUUCCAAUCAAUGUUUGUACAUUUAUGUUCAGUCUUAAUUUAAUUUUUUUUUCUCUUAAUUUAUUUUUAUUUGAAUCAAGUACGGUUAUACCUAAAUAAAAUAUUAUAUUAGCAUA